UUGCAUGACGGGAGAAAGUGUUAAAGAAAACACGAGUGGAGAGAGAGAACGUGAGAGGGUGAGAAGCGCCACAGUUGACAGAGUGUGUGGUGCUGAAGUCGCUUCACAGCAACAAAACAUAAAUGUUUUCACAGAACUGAAAUUCCGCUUAUUAUCACCGUCUCAACACGCCACAGCAGCCGAAGAGGAUUGUACAAGCAUGCCUUCUGCUAGUCCACAAUAUAGUUAUCCUGUGUCAGAUUACGGAUAUCCCGGACCUCAAAAUGACUGUUUCCAUGACAACGGGUUCCAGAGCGGCUACGACCCAUUUACACAACUGACUGCCAUGGCGGCCGAACAAAACUUUACCGGAAGUUACCAUGGCUCCCAGUGCCCUAGUCCCAACUACACCAUGCAGCAGAGUCACGUGCAGUUCCCCGCCAAUGUGGCCUCGUCGCCGCCUCAGUACUUCAAUUCCGGCAUGUCGUGCAGGUUCAGUUCGCAGAGCAGUGAACGGAGGUCGUGUGACAUGGAGUCCAGCAGCGACUCCUGUAGUCGGAACAACAACUGCAAGAAAUCCUAUCCGUCCCACACAGAUGAAGUGUUUGAAGAUCAAGACAGCUUCUUGAGCUGGACCCGGAAACACCCGGAACACUGGAACUGCAAGGAGGUCUUGGACUGGCUGUUCUACCUGGGGCAGGAGCAGGAUCUCAACAUGAGUCAGCUGCGUGCCGAGGCCUUCCAGGACCUCACUGGAUCUCAGCUGUGUAACAUGACUGCUGACGACUUUCUGCGGAUAGACCCCAAGUUCGGAAAGUUGUUCUACGAGAUGCUGCGGAAACUGCUGCUUAAUGGAGUUAUAUUUUCUAAACCAACCGAGGUGGCCUCUCCUGACCUCCAAGACCUGCCGUCCUUCACCCCUGGGUCAUGUGACUCCGCAACACAGGCCUUCCAGCCAUGCAACUCCCCUGUGUACACGAAUCUCGUCCGAAAACAGGAUCAAGACUACACCGACGGUUGCAUCAAGACAGAACGCCAGGAAGCUCUACCAUGCUCCCUCAUCGACAACAUGGCUCCGUACUUCGACUUCGACCCAACCGAUGCCCCUCAACUACAAACAAACACGGCCUCAGAUUCCUACCACCCAGAAUACUUUUACCAUGGGCAAACGUACACGAAUUCCACAUCUGUAAGAAAUACCUACAGUUUCCCUGGGAACCACUUUCCGCAGCAGUUGCCAAGACGACGACCCGGAAGACCAAGGGUCAAGAGUAUUCCGGAUGACGGGUCAAGGUCACAAAAAGAUAAAAAAGUGAAGAACCAGCACCUGUGGGAGUUCAUCUACGAGGCCCUGCUCAACCCCAUGUACAACCCACUGUACCUGCGCUGGGAGAACCAGAGAGAGGGCGUCUUUAGGUUCGUCCAGUCGGAGGCCGUGGCGCAGUUAUGGGGGGCGCUCAAGAACAAUGACAACAUGACCUACGAGAAACUCAGCCGAGCCAUGAGGCACUACUACAAACGUGGGAUCCUGGAACGCGUGGAAGGGAGGCGACUCGUGUACAAGUUCUCGCGGAAGGCGAUGGAGCGCGUCCGGGAGAAGCGGAACUCUGUUUGAUGGCCCCCAGUGAUGUGGAUGUGAUCUAUGCUAACUGCAUCUAAAAUAAAUGGCAGCUGCUCCUGUUUUAAGACAUUGCUCAGAGUCCCCACGGACUGGGUGCCCCCCACACAGGACACUAGUGGUCUGUUGGUAUACUGGGCACUGGGGAAGUACGUUUUGUCACUUCACUUCUUUCCCACCUUCAGGUGUAUUUUCACUAUGUGCUAUCUGAACGUGUCAGCACGUGGUGGUCAGAUGUGCUGACAUCGCAUGACCGUUCGGCCAGCAUGUAGUGGUCAUGAAUUGGUCAUCAGCUACUCGAUAAGUGUCCAAGGAUCUCCUGCUGACCACAAUUGGCUCAAGUGCUGAUCAUCUCGAAGCGCUCACCACCCAUUACCGACCCAGUGCUGACUUGAGUGCUAUCUUUUGCUGCCCACUGAACAUUCCCUGGCUAGCUGACAACUCCUCCAACACAGAAGAUCAUUCCAUGGUCCUUAUUUGUUCCGCUGUGAGGUUUGUGGACCGCUAUGCCAGAAGUAGUGAAGGCAGGGUAGAGUGACAAUGGACGAUACUGAACGCAUUUUACAUUUUGUUUUUUGUAUUUAAUGAAUGACUGUUGUACAUAUAUUAUGUGUGAGCUAGUCACAGUAAGUAUGCACAAUGUUCAUGUAGAUAUCUGCAUGAGCACACACACCGACACACCGUGAUUCCAGCAUUGUUUAAUCGUCAGUACUUGAUGGGUUUUUAUAAUAUGUAAUCUACUUUUCAAUGUACUGGUGAGUGCGUGUUUACCUCCACGUCUUUCUGUGACAUAAGACAGUCAAACACACCUUGCACCAGGACCUCUAACGGAACCCCGCUAUUACCUGUCGUUGCUAAGCGAGAAGCAUUGCUGUUUAUCGAUGUAAUGAGAACACCCAUUGGCCAGAACAUCCGUCUCCAAAGAAACAGGCAGUUUUUUGCUAUUCGUUAUCUUAAUGAAGCUCGUGGUGUUACGAAUUCACAGGUUGACAGCGAACCCGAGUUUGUACAAACCCAGAAAGUACUGACUGUUCAUUUUCAUGUCAAACCCUUGCUAGGUCUGUCCAGUCAGUCUUAUGAACCACAUUGUGAUAAUGUUAAAUGGACAUUCUAGUAUAGCAUGACACUGUAACUGUACUAUAGCAUAAUACUACAGCACUGAAGGUUCAGAACAACAUUGCCAGACUGCAAAAUACAUGGUAACGUACACAGACUGUACAGACACAUAUUGAAAUGGACGUAGGUAGUUAUCUCAUGUCAUAGAAAUAUCAGAGCGAAGUGUGAAAAGUAUAUAUUUUCCCGGUUCGAAUCUAAGUUUGCGCAAUAUUCAUAAUGGGGCCGAUCAUUGUAAUAAAUCUGAACUUCUAUUUCAUCUAAAACUGACUUGCUUCUUAAAUGUCACUGAGGUGGAUUGAAACGAAUUACCAUGUACCAUUGUUAAAUAGCACAACAGAUAGUACGUCUUGAAGAAAAGGAAUGCAAGAAUAAUUUUUGGAACUACAAUGGCCGGCCCCAAAUGUUUAGAAAUCCAGUUUGGCUUAAAGUCAAACCUUCUACGUCUAGUCUCCAAGAGUGCUGGUUUAUGAGUCGUGUAAGUGGUACUUAGCCCUUCAAGUGCAAGUGUCGUUGUAAAACUUCUUUGGUUAUGCAGUAAGUUUAGUUUUGUUUGUGAUGUUUACACUUGUGUUUGAAUUCGUGUUCUUGUUUCAAAACCAUAUUUACUUAUUCCCGAUAGUCACAAAAACAUAGACACAACACACGUGUAACCUGCAUGACAUGCAGGCGUGCGAGAAAUACGGACACAUGACCAACUGAGAGACUGUCAACGUUAGGCUCUCCUGCCAGCAGAUACCGAUACAUCAAACUCAGAAACGUCCUGCUACCAAUGCCACAUGUUUUUACAUAUCUAACCAACUGAAACACAUGAUGCGAUUUAUGUCAUAUUUUAACUGUGUAUUGUUCGCUCCCAUGCGCACUUACCAGUCAACUGGGCCUGUAACGAACAUCAGUCAAAUGACUGGGCAACAUUCCUUGACGAAUACAUACAUUAUAUCAUUCAGCUAUACACACAUCCGCAUGUAUAUCAUUCCAUGAUCCACUUUGUCUAACAUAUAUCAUGCAGUGAUGUACAUACAAGCAUCCGUGAUGUCAUUCAGUGAUACACACAUACACGUACCUGAUAUCAUUAAGUGACGUGCAUAUACACAUGUAUAUCAUAAUAUGAUGCUCGUAUCAUUCCAUGAUAAAUGUAAAUUUGCUGACAAUUCAAUCCCAUCAAUAACACAUACAGAAACAUAGUUCAGCGAUACACAUGUAAUGAUUCAACUCAGAUUCACACAUACAAAUGUAUGUAGCUUCACGACACGCAUGUUGCUCAAUGAGCCACAUGUAAGUAUGUUGCUCCAUGACACACAUGUAGGUAUGUAGCUCCCUGACACACAUGUAAGUAUGUAGGUCCCUGACACACAUGUAGGUAUGUAGCUCCCUGACACACAUGUACGUAUGUAGCUCCCUGACACACAUGUAGGUAUGUAGCUCCCUGACACACAUGUAGGUAUGUAGCUCC